UACCUAGGUGUACGGAUGUGCAUAUAGAUCUGUGUGGAAAUGAUAUGCUCUGAAUGUAUUAUUGGUGCUAACAGGUGUGGCGGCUGGUGACUUGUCUACUGUGGCAUCCAGUCAACUUCAGGUGGCUCAUGCUCCUCUACUUCCUCUAUAGCUACUCCACGAGACUCGAAACAGGUUACUUUGCAGGCAAGCCAGCAGACUAUGUCUUCAUGCUCCUCUUCAACUGCCUCUGUCUUGUCGUAUCCUCAGUUAUACUGUCACCUGAAACAACUAUAUACUGUACUAUGUACAUAAUGGCAAGCGCAACCUUCGAAGGAUAAAUUCGAAGGAUAAAACCCAUGAACUUUGGUAACACACACACUUUUGGAAACGUUCAUUCUCCCUCUAAAGAUCCCAUGUGUACCUCAUGUCUAAUGCCAAUGUGAAGAGAUUGUUGUCUCCGUGACCGAGAGUGGGUGUGGUCAGAUUGUGGGCGUGUUCAUGGGCCUCUUCAUACUCAGCUCUGCGCUGGUGUUCUCCUCCCUCUACAUCUGGUGUCAGAUAAACCGUGAUGUCAUCGUCCAGUUCUGGUUCGGAGUCAAAGUAAAGGCCAUGUACUUCCCUUGGGUCCUCUUCCUUUUCUUCUUCAUUCUGGGAGCUGAUUGGGUGGCCAUGUUGCUGGGUAUAGUCGUCGGCCAUCUUUACUUCUUCCUCACCAUGAAAUACCCCCAGGAGUUCGGUGGACGGAAGCUCAUAUCCACUCCUCAGUUUCUAUAUCGGUAUUUUCCCAACGAGGUACAAACGGGGGGAUUCGGGGUGCCCCCUGUCAGACGAGGUGGACAGGCAGGGGGAGGAGGAGGAGGAGGAGGAGGACACACGUGGGGAGGCGGUCGAAGACUUGACGGAUAGUCUUAUAUUAUACUUGACAUCCUAUAUAGCAUUUGGACUGGUUUUCCAGU